GCUGGGAGCUGUGUCCUCCCGCGGUGCCCUUCUCUGUCAGCGGCUGCGAUCCGCCCUGCAUCGGCGGCCGCUUGUCCCAGAGCCGCCGAGCUUGUCAGGGCUGCGCAGACUUCGCCGUGAGCCCCUGCUGCUCGGUGUGUGGGGAGAUGGGCCGAGAAAAUCCCCUGCGGGGCUCCCCACGGAACUACAGCUCCCGGCGUGCAUUGCGCCCUGAGCAAGUUACUGCCAGGGGUGGGGGGAAAGAUGGCGGCCGCUAGACCGGGUUGGAGAGGUGGCUGAGCUUAUUGUGUUUUUGCAAAAUUGAAGACAGAUUCCUGAUUAACAAUGCCUGGCAGAGUGUGCUGCUGUUGUGCUGCUUUGAGACCUCGCUACAAGCGCCUGGUAGAUAACAUAUUUCCUGAAGAUCCAAAAGAUGGCCUUGUUAAAGCUGAUAUGGAGAAGCUGACUUUCUAUGCAGUUUCUGCACCAGAAAAGCUGGAUAGAAUUGGUGCUUAUCUGGCAGAGAGACUGAGCAGAGAUGUUGUCAGACAUCGCUAUGGGUAUGUUUUAAUUGCCAUGGAGGCAUUGGAUCAGCUCCUAAUGGCUUGCCAUUCUCAAAGCAUAAAACCAUUUGUGGAAAGUUUCCUUCAUAUGGUGGCCAAGCUUCUGGAAUCAGGUGAACCAAAGCUGCAGGUUCUUGGAACUAAUUCUUUUGUCAAAUUUGCCAAUAUUGAGGAGGACACACCUUCCUAUCACAGACGCUAUGACUUCUUUGUGUCUCGAUUCAGUGCCAUGUGUCAUUCCUGUGACCACGAUCCAGAAAUACAAACUGAGAUCCGAAUUGCUGGAAUCAGGGGCAUUCAGGGAGUGGUUCGAAAAACAGUUAAUGAUGAACUUCGAGCAACUAUAUGGGAACCUCAGCACAUGGACAAGAUAGUACCAUCAUUGCUGUUUAAUAUGCAGAAAAUAGAAGAUAUUGACAGCAGAAUAGGCCCUCCAUCCUCUCCCACAGAAGGAGAGAAAGAAGAAAAUCCUGCCCUGCUGGCUGAGAACUGUUUCAGGGAACUGCUGGGAAGAGCAACCUAUGGAAAUAUGAAUAAUGCUGUCAGACCAGUUUUUGCGCAUUUAGACCAUCAUAGACUAUGGGAUCCAAAUGAAUUUGCUGUUUCUUGCUUCAAAAUCAUCAUGUACUCUAUACAGGCACAAUAUUCCCAUCAUGUAAUACAAGAAAUUCUUGGACACCUUGAUUUUCGCAAAAGGGACUCCCCACGAGUUCGUGCUGGCAUUAUUCAGGUUCUUUUAGAAGCAGUUGCUAUAGCAGCUAAAGGAUCAAUAGGCCCAACAGUUCUGGAGGUUUUUAAUACCUUGUUGAAGCACUUGCGCAUCAGCGUUGACUUUGAGCUGAGUGAUCGGCGCAGUUCAGCAGGAAGUGCAACUUUCAGCACAAGCUCCAAAGAGAAUGAUGAGAGGAUUGUCCAGAAUGCAAUUAUUCAAACAAUUGGAUUUUUUGGAAGCAAUCUCCCUGAUUACCAGAGAUCAGAGAUUAUGAUGUUCAUUAUGGGAAAAGUACCUGUUUUCGGGACAGCUUUGCAAACACUUGAUACCAGUCAUCUUGGAGAUUUGGGAACUAGGAGGAUUCAAAUCAUGUUAUUGAGAUCUUUACUUAUGGUGACUGCAGGAUACAAAGCCACAACAAUAACCAAUGCACUUCCUUCCCCGUUUCUGGACCCGUUAUUGUCUCCUUCACUCAUGGAAGACUCUGAGCUGAGGCAGCUGGUCUUGGAGAUCCUGCACAAUCUCAUUGAUCGACAUGACAACAGAGCAAAGCUCAGAGGGAUAAGAAUAAUACCAGAUGUUUCUGAUCUAAAGAUAAAACGAGACAAAAUUUCAAGGCAAGAUGUGAGCUUCAUGAAAAAGCAUGGUCAGCAGUUGUACAGACACAUCUACUUAGGAUGCAAAGAAGAAGACAAUGUCCAAAAGAAUUUUGAGCUGCUGUUUACAUCUCUAGCUCUUACCACAAUUGAACUUGCUAAUGAAGAAGUGGUUAUUGACCUCAUUCGAUUAGCUAUAGCUUUGCAGGACGUUGCCAUCAUCAAUGAGGAUAAUUUGCCAAUGUUUAAUCGGUGUGGCAUCAUGGCACUGGUGGCAGCAUAUCUAAACUUUCUGAGUCAGAUGAUUGCAGUUCCUGCCUUUUGUCAGCAUGUCAGCAAGGUCAUCGAAACUAGAAGUGUAGAAGCAUCCUAUUUUCUACCAGAAACAAUUUUCAAAGACAAAUGCAAUCUUCCAAAGUCCUUGGAGAAGCAUGAAAAAAACUUAUUUUUCCUGACAAACAAGAUUGCAGAAUCAUUAGGAGGCAGUGGAUACAGUGUGGAAAGAUUGUCAGUUCCAUAUGUUCCUCAGGUAACAGAUGAGGACAGACUCUCCAGGAGGAAGAGCAUUGUGGACACAGUAUCUCUUCAGGUGGAUAUUCUGCCUGGCAACGGCACAGAGGAUAAGGUUGAUAAUACUGAAGAAAUAACCUUUGAAGCUCUGAAGAAAGCAAUUGAUAACAAUGGGCUUGAAGAACAGGAAAAAGAAAAAAGACGCCUUGUGAUUGAGAAGUUCCAGAAAGCACCAUUUGAAGAAAUUGCAGCACAAUGUGAAACCAAAGCAAACUUGCUUCAUGAUAGACUUGCACAGAUACUGGAACUCACCAUUCGUCCUCCACCCAGCCCCUCAGGAACGAUGACCAUGACUGCUGGACAUGCCCAUUACCAAUCUGUUCCAGUCUACGAGAUGAAGUUUCCAGACCUUUGUGUGUAUUAAGUGUCUUCUGAAGUCUGCUGGACAUUAUUUAGAAUAGAAUACAAUAGAAAGAACAAGAUGAGUUUUCAAAUUUUGUUUUUUAUUUCAUCUAAGAUAACUUUAAAGUAAUGAUGAAUAUGAGCCAAAUACAGAUUACUCUAGCCAAAAUCAUAAGACUGUCCUGACUUGUUUUUUCUUCUGUAAUAUAUGUGAAGUGCACACAUUUCUUCACAUUUCUUUGUUUUCGUAUUUGAGUAUAUGUAAGUCAGAUUUAAAACUUAACUUGCCAUAUAGGUGAAUGUUUCAAUUACAUUAGGAAUUUUGAUUUCUUUUCAUUCCUUUAAUUUGAGACAUUGUAACUGAAGAACAUGUUAAAGCUUUUUUGUUUGGUCCUUUGGUUGUUGUUGUUGUUUUCUCCUCUCCAAUAGCAUUGUUGUGUUCUCUCCACCUUAAUUAUAUAUCUAAAUAGAAUGCUUUUGGCUUGCUUCAUCUUAAUAAAUGUAACCUUGGCUCCCUUCUGUUCAUGCUGUCAGAGGUAGCCAACUUGUACAUUUUGAAAUAUGUGGAAAAAACAAUAGCUUACAUGUGUUCAACUACAGUAAAUGGAUUAAUGGACACUCGUUAACUAUUUUUUGAUGCAUAACAUACCUGCUUUUUUAAAUAUAUGCGCCCACUAUAUGUCCCGUGCUUCUAGCUAAAAGUUAACUGCUUUGCAUAAGAGAGGAGAAAUCUCUUGAAGCACUGAACUGUGCAAUAUUUUUCAUGUCUUAAGGUGUAUGGUUUACAGACUUUUGAAAAUGCAGUAGUAUUUUACUGUCUGCUUUAGUAUAAAUAGACAAGAGAUAUAUUUAGUAUAGCAGAAAAUAAACUGAGGGCGUUUUAAGUCAUAAAUACAGAAGUUACAAAUGUAUUCUGUGAGGUGUUUCUCUGGAGUUUAUUGCAGCUUUUAAAUAAUAUUUUAGUAAUUUGGAUAAAUAGAUAAAACCAUUUAAAGAUCAAGAUACCGUUACACAUGUUUUCAAGCAAAAGCAUUUUUAGAGAUGCAUCUCUGUGUUCAUUUCUGUUUCAUUUCUGAAACCUUUCAAGAAAGAAGGAAAAUGUGGUAAAUUUCAUAGGUUUAUGUAUCUGAGUUUACUACUCUAAUGUAAAGACAGUAACACUUAUACAGUAAAUCACUGAUGAAAAUUGUCAAGGCUGUCUUUAUGAAUCACUAAAUUCUGCAGGCAAAAAAUAAAAACAGUGGGUUUUGAUACCAUGAAUAAUAAGUUUGCAGUCCCUUUAUCUGACUGAAGGAGCACAAACAUGAAUCAUUAUUCUCAAGUAUCUCUAAUAAAUGUAAGACUUCUAAGUUAGCCAGUGGCUUAGGUACACAGUGAUCAAGCCAUGAGCAAAGUGAUUUAACUUCAGUUAGCCCUGCUUUGAGCAGGAGCUUGGACCUUCAGAAAUUUCAACCUAAAUUAGUUUACACCUGUGUAAUUAUAAGAUCUGAAUGGUUACCAGGCCAGCAAAUUUGUUGUUUUGAGCAUUUGCAAACCCACUGUGGAACAGAUUUUAUGUUUUUUCAGCUGUAGGUCUGUACUCCACUGGACUACUUUUAAAAGCCUGAUUUGCCUCGACAUCAGAGUAAUAUCAGCUACUUAAACCUAUGAUAUAACGUGCUGAGACUUUCAGAAAGCAUUCUUAAAACUCAAAAGGUAAUUGAGACCUUCUUUUCAGUUUAACAGUGCAAUCACAGCUGUUAGUGGAUGACGAAACAGCCCCUUAUCUACAGCAUUCCGUUGUGAUUUUUACUGCUGCAGCGUAUCAGCCUGAUCAGACCACAGUCUACACAGUCUAAGUAGGACUCUAGCUUUUAGUUUUCACUUUUUUUUUUUCUUUUUUUUUUUUAAGGUAAGACAUAAUAGUUUUUUGGCCUAUAUGAAGAGUAUAAUUUUUUAAACAGUAAAUUUAACCUAGGGAUACAAUGUAAACCACUUACCCACUCUGUCGUUUUUUUAAAAUAACACUGUGCACUUUUGUACAAAAAGAAAAUGAGGAGUCUAAGAAAUAAAGAAUGUACUUCCGUUUGCACUCUUGCAGAAUGAAGACUGUGCUGUAAAUACAGGAUUGUUUCUGUGAUUGAAUUCUGUUGCAUGAAUGCUGCAUGUGAAAAUAACUAGCUACAGCAUUUCAUUUUUCGUUCUGUUUAUGAACUGUUCUUCAUUUAGACUAAUGAUAGGUUUCUAUGAUUUCAAUGUUCAAAUGAAUUUUAUUUGGAAAAUGCAGGUGUUGUGCAGGUAUUGUGCAGGGAGUGAAGAGCUUGUAACACUCUGUGUGAUCACGUGGUAUUUAGUUUCUUCCUUUCUGGAAAUUCAGGGAGUCUGCAAGUCCAUAAUUGGUUCACUCUGGCCUUUCUAGACAGCUGUGAGAUGGGAGUGACUGUAAAAUAUAUUGUUUUGGUAGCUAUUGUAAUAUGUAGCUAAUGAAUGAAACCAAAUGAAUUAAGAAUGCUGUUGUAUAAUAUAAAGCUGCUUUGUUUCACUUAUCUCCUUCUGUUCUUGAGACAAACUGGAGAACUUAAAAGCUCUAUGUGCAUACUGGCCCUGUGUUAUCUGCAACACAUUAAGUACUGUCAUAAUCUUUAUAAAUUGUAUCCAGCUGUUUAGAUUUAUUCCAGCUUUUACUCUGGAUUCUCUCUCCCAUUGUGUUCUUUUGAAAAAAAUUGUAAUGGUUUGGUAGUAGGUCACUUUAAAAUAAAUUAAAUCCUUGUUGAUUUCAAAAUAUAAGAAAUAGGCUGUUGUUCAAAAUAUUGUUCAGAAUGAGAAUAGGGCUAAUUUGUUGUUUUAAUGGUCAUAUAUUCAGUACUGUACAUAAUGAACCAGUUUCAAUAAAUGUGAGAACACACUGUGCAAUCUAUAUUUAAGCAAUAAAAUAAGCCAAAAUUUAAAAUUAA